GCUAAAAGCUGACAACGCCGUAACACACGUAGGCAUUUCCAAACCGGUUUGAACGGUUUGUUGCAUGACGAUCAUCAGCAAGGCGUCCUUUAAGACCGGCAUGAAAAUGUUCACAGCCGGGAGCUACGAGUGGGCCAUACCAGAAUUCGAGCGGCUGACUGCAGCGGACAAGCAGGUCUCACCAACGUUUGUCAUUGGGGGGUCUUCAUGGCGCAUGCUGUGCUUCCCGCGCCAGAACGCGACGCCGCACCAGAACGUGUCGGUAUUCCUGGAGUACCCGGAGGCCUCCUUCACGCCCAAUCACCUCAGCCCGACGGCCAGUUUCAAACUCAUCAUCAAAAACUUCAAAGACCCCAGCAAGAACUUUGAAAAGAGCGCGGACAACACGUUCAAGUCUCACCAAGAAGACUGGGGCUUCAGCCAGAUGCUGCCGCUGCAGGACCUCAACAAGGAGUCAGGCUAUUUGCGGGAGGACGGCGCCAUGGUGGUGCGGGUGGAGAUUUCAGUGCCGGCACCACUUCCUGGCGGCAGCUACCCGGUCAAGCUUAGCACGGCAACACCCGGCCUGAGCACGGACCUGCUGUCCCUGCUUGACAACCCCGGCACCACCUCAGACCUCACCAUCACUGCCACCGGCUCCGAGCUUCCGGGUGCGACUGGGUGCGACGCCGGCGCCGACGCCCGGCCCCAGAGCCGCAGCUUUGCCGUGCACCGCGCCAUCCUGGCCGCGCGCUGCCCCUACUUCCGCACGCUCUUUGAGAGCGGGCUGGCCGACAGCGGCGCGCGGGAGCUGAACCUGCCAGACACGGACCCGGACGCGCUGCGGCUGUUGGUACGGUUCAUGUACGGCGACGGCUUGGCCGUUACCUCCCGCGAGCAGGCGUACAGCUGCCUGUCACUGGCGGACCGGCUGCUGCUGACACAGGCCGUGGAGCUGCUGCGGGAGCACCUGCUAUCCUCGGUGUCCGCCGCCACCUUUGCGGCGGACCUGCUAUGCGCGGCGGGGCUGGCGGGCGAGCAGACGCUGCUCCGCUCCCUGGUGGCGCGGUUCGCGGACCUGGGCGAUGACGUGCCCGAGGCCGACCUGAAGCGGGUGGAGGCGGAGCGGCCGCAGCUGCUGCUGGAGCUGCUGCUGUCGUGCCGCGCAGCCAAGCGGGCACGGACGUGAGGGGCAGCGGAUGGAUGGGGAUUGCGGUCGGCGGUGGACGCACGGGGCACUGACGCGGGCAGCAUUUGGGAGAUGAAGCAUCGCCCCAGUGCAUGCAGGAUGAUCGGCGCUCAUCAUUAGCAGGGCCCUAUAGUGAAUACGGCAGGUGUCUUAGGUGCUGGCGGACCAGCUGCUGCUGACGCAGGCCGAUGGGCUGCUGCGUGAGCACAUGAUCAGCAGCUGCUCCGCCACCACGCUGACGGCGGACCUGCUGUGCGCGGCAGGGCUAUGGCAGGAGCACCCUCACUGGGCCGCUGGCGCGUUGGGGAGGGCAGCAGACGGCGUGGUGCAGAGAUGGUGGUGGUGGAGGCGGAGGACAAGGAGGGCUCUGGCCAGGGCGGCCCACCCAUCAUGUGCGGCCGAGCCGCCGCAGGCACCUGAGUCUCGUGACAGCGCAUGGAAGGCUGCGUGUGCGUGUGUGUGUGUGCGGGUCGCCUGCUGCAAGUGCGGGCCAGGAGCAGGGGCGGGGUAUUGGUCAUUUGGUCGGUUCGAUGAGGUCUUAGGGCAUGUUGGAGAAUCUGCAAGCUUAUCGUACAACCAUCAGCAUGAGCACAUGGCCACUUGGCCGCUUGGCGGAGAGCCCGGUCAAACAUAGCUGCCGUACUAGCAAGGCCAGCUGGUGGGGUCGUACAUAUUUGUGAGCACUUGGGGAUGUACAGCUAGCUAUAUUGUGCAGGCGUGGGAAGGAGGGCAGUACGAGACGCGCAAUGCUGAACCGGCAGACUGCGGUGCUCGUAUCUGGUGUUUGUGUUGAUUGGGAACUGUGCAAUAGAUUUAGUGAUGACGACCCGGGAAUCCGCCAACCUGCCUUAACGUUGUCCCAUCGCACGCCAUGGCAGACUGCAGUGCUCGUUCUAGUGUUUGUUAUGCGGUACAAACUGCAAUGGAUCAAAUGAUGACGCGGUGGAAGUUGUUCUCGACGACAGGACCAGGCUCACGGCGCAAACACACGGCGGGCGAGGGCGCGCGCUGAGAUGCCAUCAUUGACGCGCUCCAACGUGAAGCAACCAUGUCCAGUUUGCACUACGCCCGGUACAGGCAGUAACCAGAACGGUGUAACAGGGCCAGCGCUGAUUGAACCCGCAGAAGCCACAACUCCUCACAUCACGGA